AUGAUUGCCGAGACAGCAGAUGUGAUAUUGUGUUAUCUAGCACCGUGCCUGAUCGUUGUUGUACUCAAUCUACUAGUGGCCGGUAAAGUGAAAUCGUCAAGUAAAGGAUUCCAGCAAUGUCAAGGUACAGAUUCACGCCAAAAUUCCAGACGACAAGGCGGCUCUAGCACUCAUAACGGAUCGAUGAAGAUUCUUUUGGUGGUGCCGAUAGUGUAUAUCUUAUUGAAUACACCGUUUUAUUUGUUGCGUAUGGUCGAUACAAUAGCGUUGAACGUUUUUCAAAGUAAAGAGUUCUCGAUAAUGGGCGGUUUAAACGGUGCCGGCAUUAUAUUCAUCUAUAAUACGUCGCAUUAUCUCUACUAUUUCAAUUUCGCUUGUGAUGUUAUCGUGUACGCUUUCUCGAGUUCAAAUUUUCGUGGAACAGCCGUCAUUGUGUGGAGGCAGAUUUUGUGUCCGAGAUACCGGCAAAGUAAACUGACUCAUACGGAUCGAGCCAGUCGAUACAGUUAUCGGUUCACGUCAAUUGCUGACCCUGACCGCGUCUUCACGUUCAAUUCGAUGUCGAGUCGGAGUGCCACGAACAUUUGA